GGCCGCGGCUAUAAAUAUACCCUUUUCGAGUUCCGCGUUCUCCAGCGAGGGCGAGGAAUAAUAAAAGGUUUGGGGCUUCCGGUUCGGGCGAGGUAGGCCGGUCGGUGAUCUCUGAGCCUUCGUCUUCGCCGUCGCCGUCAACUAUGUCGACCAAGCAAGGAGGAAAGGCGAAGCCGCUCAAGAAACCCAAGGCAGAUAAAAAGGAGUACGAUGAGACUGAUAUGGCGAACAUACAGAAGAAAAAGGACGAAGAAAAGGCUCUUAAAGAGUUGAAGGCCAAGGCCUCGCAGAAAGGUUCGUUCGGUGGUGCUGGUCUGAAGAAAAGUGGGAAAAAGUGAGACUGCUCGCUGGAGUGUCCGUGGUCCCGUGUGUCCAUCAGUUAGCGAAAUUGAAAUUGAUGUCUUGCUUAAACCCCAAAAAGGACAUGGGUUAUAUGUAGUACAUUUCUGAAUUGAAAACCUCCCCCGUUGUGUCCAGACAUGAAGUGACGCAAGCCAGAGGGAACUUAGACUGCUAUCAGAUGAUAUUUGUAUGAUUAUGGUUUGCUAAACAUGGUUGUCAUAUCUUGAUUA